GGAGGCAGCUGUUGCCUGCCCCUCUUAUUUAGGCCUCCUUAACCCACAACAAACAUAGAAUUCACCACCUCACUUGCUCUCCCCUCUUCUUCUUCAUCAUCAUCAUCAUCUUCUUCUUCUUUUGUUCUUUGUCUCUGGCUUGUUGUGCAGCUUAAAAUGGACACCUGCAACAAAUCCUCCUCUGCUGGCAGUUCUUUGUUGGAGGAGUUCAUCCCUGGAGAUAACAUGGUAGAAGGAGAGGAUGAGAGCCUGGAAUGGCUGUCCAUAUAUGUGGAGGACUGCCUCUCUGGUGCCACAUCCUACACCACCACCACCACCACCAUUUCCAAGCCCCUCCCACCGACAGCAAGACUCCCACAAAACCCAGACCCCAAACCUUCAUGCAGAAGUCUUGCAGUCCCAGCAAAGGCCAGAACCAAGAGAAGAAGAAUCACCCCAAGAAACCCUUCUCCUGAUGCCUUCUCAACCUUCCAUCUCACCUCUUCAGACCCACCUCUCCUCCAGCAGACCUACUGGCUUGCAGAGAGUGAGCUGAUCGUCCCCAUAAAGGAGGAAGGGGGCAAGACAGCAGCCGCGGGUGGAGGAAGAGUAGGGGAGGAGGAGAAGGUGGUGGUGCAGCCAAGGAGGUGCAGCCAUUGCCUGUCACAGAAGACUCCACAGUGGAGGGCAGGGCCUUUGGGGCCCAAGACCCUCUGCAAUGCAUGUGGUGUGAGGUUCAAGUCAGGGAGGCUGCUCCCUGAGUACAGGCCAGCAAAGAGCCCCACUUUUGUGAGCUACAAGCACUCCAACUCACACAAGAAGGUGAUGGAGAUGAGGAUGGCUUUACUGUCCUCCAAUUCCACUUAAGAUGAUGCUUAGUAGUCAGUCAUAUGCAACAUAUAAAAGUACAUCUUUCAUAUUUUGCUUUCUUUUUCUUUCUCCUUUUGUUGAGCCUAUAUGAUGCUUAAAAUCUGGUUGAACUAAACUACCUUUUAUGAGCA